GCCAAUAAAACUAAAGAAGAAGAAGAAGCGGAAAAACAAAUAUGGAUGCUACAGUAUCAACGCUAAAUCCAAAUCACACGUCGAAGCUUUUCGUGUGUUUUUCUCCGUCUCUCUUGAUUUCGCCUGACGUCUUUUACAGAUUACAUAUUUUGUAAACUGAUUGUUUAACAAGUGAAAUGUUUCUGAACGGAGAGACGAAACGAAACCCGGAAAAUAACCGGAAGUAUCCGUCUCGGGUUUGAAACUAAACAUCCGCCAGUGUAACGCGUGUGUUUACUAUGAUCUAAGCUCGUCGUUUCAGCCGAACAAAUACGUGGACAAUAUGGAAAGUAAUUUCAUCGUCCUUUUAACGGAACGAGGAAGGGUGUACUGUUUCGCCUGACACAAAGGACAAGCACACAGUCUGAACAAGAUGUAGCUAACGUCUGAGUAUGUCGCCCUGAACGAACGAACGAACAAACAAACAAGACAUGGACUUUGUCGUGGAGGCAACCUGAGAGAACCGAGAGGUCAAUCAUCGAGUUGAAGAUCCAUUACCAUGGGUUUGGUGAACUUUGUUAUCUCCACUGUAGCGAAAUGCCUGGACGCCGUCUGCUUACUGCUAGACCUGAAUUUUGUCGUCGUCCACAGCGUGGUGCGGACGACCCUGGCGGUUAUCACCUUUGUAACCAGCCUGCCCACCCUCCUCCUCAACUCAGUGGCAGAGUUGGGGAACUUAACCGUGUUUAGCUUGAUGUCCCUGGCAGAGGCGACGUCCAACGUAGCCCACGGUACCGUCACCAUGCUGGGGAGCUUGGUGCUGGCUCUGGAGGGGCUGGUGGAGAGCCUGAAGAUGGUGGGUUACCUGUCCAUGCACGUCCUGCUUCGUGGGAAGGAGCACCUGUGUCGAGGUCUUCUGUCGGUGCUUGAGGGCUGUGGCAUCGCUGUCAGCCUGGUGGUCUAUUUCACCAACACCGUGGUCAACUUUGCACUCAUUGCAACGCAGAACAUUUACUCCGUGGUGGUCGGCGUGUGGCAGACGGUCUCCAGCCCACUGCAGAAGGUGCUGGAGUUCGUGCUGACCUCCUUCACCUUUCUGUACAGCAGCCUGGCUGGGACUUCGGCUUUCCUGUGGUCCCCCUGUAAACUGAUGUUGGACUUUCUGGUCUCGCUGGUUCAUAUGUUUGUUAGCAUCUUCAUAUUGAACGUCUAUGGCCUUCUGCUCACUGUAACUAUUGCUCUAACUACCACCGCCUACCUGAAUCCAGAGCUGGCCCGACAGGCUACUGUGCGAAUUGUGGAUUACGUUAACUCUUUUCCUGCCUUGCACAGACUUUAUCUGACUCUGCACCGCCUCGCUUCAGCCUUGCGGAGCGCCCCAUAUUUUGUGCGCGGUGCCAUGCGCCACCUGCAAAGAAUACUCCAUCACCUCUACCUGCUAGAGAGAAGACUUUGGCAGCAGCUGCCUCGACUCAGCAGCCAGCUAGGUCUGGCUGUGAGGACACAGCUCAACAGGGACAACAACAACCGAGUACGCGGCGAUGGCGACCCUGGAGAGGAGAGGCGGGACCCACCAGAUGGAAGAGCAGGGGAUGGAGCCCACCAGGAGCUGCUGGAUUUAGUUUUCCCCUCAUCAAGCACAGACAGACCACUUAAGAAGCAGUCGUCUUCAGGCAAAGACAGUAAACCUUUGCCUGCCGAGAAUCUGCUGACUCUACUGAAGGAGCAGGAGGACAGAAAGAAGUGUGUGAUCUGUCAGGACUGUACCAAGACGGUGGUGCUGCUGCCAUGCAGGCACCUCUGCUUGUGUAAAGACUGUACAAACAUCCUGUUGAGGCAGCCCAUUUACCAACAGAACUGCCCGCUCUGUCGGCACAUGAUCCUCAACACUAUGGAUGUGUAUCUAUGAGGGACCAACGGAAGUGGAUCUGUGGGUGUCGGACCACAUAGAACAGCCUAUCAGUAGCUAUAGUUAAAGUUUUACCGCAACUAAAAUCAUGUUGUGGGGCUUGUGUUUUUGUUACUAGGUUGUGUUAAAACAUAAGUCUGGUAAUAUUUUACAAUUUUGUUGCAAUCAACAAAUCCCAUGAUAAGACCAAAGGGACAAUUUAUUCUGUCUCUUAAUACUAUCCCGCCCCUUUACCCUGACGGUGGCACUCAGCCCCAAGCCUGUUCAUUUACACGGAAGAUAUAGAUCUUUAAAAACGGCACACAAAUGUUAUUUUAAAUUUUGCUUUACUCAGACGGUGUAAAUGGGUAGGUUUGGACUACACAGACAGUACUUGUUAGUAGGGUAAAUUCGUUGUUGGUUCUGGAUUUACUGGAAUUCAUGGGAUAUAUUGUUUGUUAUUCAAAAAUAAAGAAUACCAUACAACUUAUGUUAUAACAUUUGGUUUCAGAUCUGUGAACCUUUUGAGAACAGUUUAGAAAAGAAAUGCUAAGGAAAGCACAUAGUGUCCCAGUUCCAUCUGACAUACUAACCGUAUACAGUAUGUACUAUAUACUAAUCUUUAUAGUGUGCUGUUUUGCAGAACAGUAUACAAGAAAUCAACAGUAUUAACAGUUUCAACUAAAGGAAUAGGAGAUGAUAUAAUACUUGUGGCAUUGGAUGUUAAUCAAACUACAACAUUAAAAUGUCCCUACCCAAUAAGAACGGUUUCCCAACCAUCCACAAUUUAACGUUUUUAUUUUUUUUUUUCAGCUGUGAGCAAUUCUUGCAUGUUCUUUGUGCAUUGCGAAAGAAAAGUGUCCUUUAACAGUACAGUACACUCAAAAAGCAGGUGUUUUUUUUUUUUGUAUGUAUACUGACUGUUUUGAGUUUACUUUUUGGUCGCGCGUGAACACACAACACACUUAAAUCCCGCUUAGAAUGACUUUGUAGUAUGGAUUUGGGACACAGCUGCAGUCUCUGUUUUGCGUCUUAAGAUGCACCUGUUUAGAUAUUCCAGUAUUGCCACGUUGAGUCUCAGGUCUCGUAGCCAUUGAAACCCGCCAGUGCCCUCCCUGAUGCUGAAAUGUUUACCACCGCUCAUGUCUUAUAAUGUUGGGCUUUCAGUGGGUCAAGCUGUGAAGAAGACAAAACAAACACUGUGCUUUAUUGCAUGAGCAUACAAAUGAUUCCACACAUGCUGUAUGUAUGAACGCUGUAUGUGUAACAGUGCAUUCAAAGCAACACCAUGACUUUUGUUCUGUUGUAAAAAAGCUUUUACCAUUUAAAUAUGCUUCUGUAAAUGAUGACCACUUCUCAUAGAGCCAUGUAAAUAAGUUUUCUGUAUUUAAGGAAACUGACUUGUAAUUUUCCAGUCAGGUCUGAUGAAAUACAACUUUAUUCCAUUUAUUUGUUCUAUUGAUAGGGCUUAUUCCAGUCUUCCAUCAGAUGCACAUUACAGUCACCACCAUCACAAAAUCGAUAAAAGGUUUUCCCUUUCCUUUGUCAUUGUAAUAAAACAUAAUUUCUGUUGUGUAAAAGGACCAUAAACUAAUAAGGCUUUACAAUUUAAUUUGCUAUUGUUCCUCUUUUGUUUUGAAGCUGAAGUGCUGAUAUUGAUCAGUGUUUAAAGUUUACAGGGUGUAUUUGUUACCCUUACUUAAUGCUUUACUGUUGGUGGGUGGUGUGUCCUUUUUUUAUUCCUAAAAUAAUUUGUAUGAUUUGAAGAAAUUGGAUUUCUGCAUUGUUUUUGUUUUGCUAUGUUAUACCAAUUACUGACAUUAUUAUUUUCCCUACUACAGCAACAGAUAUUAAUGAAAGUGGUCUGAAUCUCAGUUUUUGAUAUGGUUGUAAAUGAUUUCUAGAGAGACCAGACUGUACUCAUUAAAGACUAGACUAUUCCUCUAAGGUAUUCCUAAAACACUACUGGAAUUCCUAAUUUAAGAUUGCAGAUUGCAGUGGACCAUCAUCUGUUGUUACCUGCAGUUUGUAUGACACAAUGUGGGACGAUGGGAUUUGAAGACAUGAAUGUAACAUUUUUUUUCUUUUUAAAUAAAUACUAUGGCUGCCA